CCGCUGAGAUGAGGCACCUCCAACAUUCAAGGUUAGAAGUUGAUAGGUGUCUCCAUCCUGAUUCUCAUUCCUGUGCCAGUGUGAGUAACGGCAGCGUGGAGCAGGACACCAAAGGACCAAGAGGUUACUAUAUAUAGAGUAAAACUGUGACAGCUGCUGCUGACGAACUGAAUAUACAGUGAAUACAGGAGCAUGACGAUGAUGUUAGGCCUCCGAGGAGUGACGUGUCCCAAGGCAGUGGCAAGAUAUGGACACCUCUUGACGAGAGGCUUCACAUCGAGCUACCCAAAGCCCUAUACUGUUCCUGAGGGUCCUUCUGGCACAAAUAGGGCAGCCAGAUUGGAAUUGGCAGCGGCGUACAGAGGCCUUGAUCACUUAGGACUGAACGAAGGCGUCGUAAACCACCUGAGCGUGAUGGCGCCGCGUGCUGACGGAAAAGACGGGAAGGUGAUGCUCGUGUUCCCAGAAGGGAUACACUGGCAGGAGGUUACGGCGAGUAAUCUGGUGGGAAUAGACAGCGAAGCCAAGACAGUGGAGGGAGAAGGGUCACCUGAGACCACCGCCUCGUGCAUCCACCUUUCCAUCCACAAGAUGAGGACCGACACGAAGGUCGUCAUGCACUGCCACCCGCCUUACACCACGGCCCUCGCGAGCUUGGAAGACUUUGAGCUUCGUAUGGUGACUCAAAAUGCCCUCAGGUUUUGGAACAGGGUGGCGUAUGAUCGUUGUUAUCAGGGAGUGGCUUACGCCUUCGAGGAGGGUGAGAGAAUGGCCCGCAUCCUGGGAGAUAAAGACAUUCUGUUGCUGGCCAACCACGGCGCCAUCACCGUGGCAUCCACCGUCUCCGUAGCCUUUCAUAACCUGUACUUCCUGGAACGAGCCGCUAUGGUGCAGAUGUUGGCUAUGGCAACUGGAAACAAGCUGGUGGAAGUGCCUGAGGAAGUGCCACGGUCCAUGAGUAAGCCAUACUUGAAGAGAGAGCAAACCUAUGCUGACGACUUCUUUUAUUCCAUUUAUAGGUUAAUGCAGAAAUCACAACCAGAUUUCGAGAAGUAAACAAAGUAGACCGUUCAAAGCGCCUGCCUGCUAAUCUCACGUCGAACACUGAGACCAUAGCUUUCUUUGUGUGGUACUUUGGAAACUGUUCAACUGACUACUAUAAUAUAUAAUAUGUAUUAGGAAUUCUCAAUCUUUUCAUUAUCAUUUGCCCUUUUGGCCUUAUGGGUAUCUUUAUUUGCCACAUAAUCCAGAAGUUCUUCUAACGCUCGUAAUAACUCUAAAACAAUUUAGUUUACCCUAAACUACGUACACUUCAUGCAGCAUAACUAAAAGAAAAUCGAUCUGUGAGGUACAACUAUGUCAAAAUAAAACGUUAAUAUGUCUCAA